AUGGAGCCGUUGAGGGUGCUGAUUAUCGGUGGAGGCAACGCGGGGAUUUCUGCUACCGUCUUCGAGAAGGAUGAGAGCACCGCGGCCCGGGCACGAGACUGGAGUUUUGGUGUCUACUGGGCACAGUCCCGCAUCGAGGAAUGCCUCACCCCCGAGCUAAAUCUUCUCCUUGAUACCGUUCAAACCGAUCCGUCUUACCGGCGCCAUGCAGAAUCUGUAUUGCCUGUCUACCACGGUGUGACGGGAGAAAUACUCCAGCCAAUUCCUGCCCCCUAUGCCAUCCGCCUCAAGAGAAGAGCGUUUGUAGAUAUGAUCAAGAAGGGAUUGGACGUGCGGUACGGCAAAAGCUUGGAUACAAUAACUGUAACCGAGGGCGGUAUCACGGCAGGGUUCAAAGAUGGCACUGCGGAAAAUGGAACCUUGCUUAUCGGUGCCGAGGGCGCCCACAGCCCGACCCGAGCCUGGCUCUUCCAACUCUCGCCCGAGGAUGCUGCGCUGCAGAAAGUGCCCGUCUCCUCGUUCGGAACUGUGGCAAAGCUUACGCGGGAGACGGCGUUGAGCUUGAGGAACAUCCACCCCAUAUACAGCAUGGCCGUGGGCCCCGACAAUGUUUUCGUAUUCGCAGCGAUCCAUGACUGCACUGCUGAAGCCCCCGAAGAUUGGACCUUCAUGCUUCUCAUCACCUGGAACUACGACGAGACCGAAGACCAUGUAAGGCUCGCAAACGAUCGUGUCUUCCUCCUCGAGAAGGUGGAAGCUCUCACCAAAUCGCUGGUGUACCCCUUCAAUGCCAUGGUCCAAGAUGUUCCACCGGAGACAAGGUCCUGGUACAGCAGUCAGAUGACCUACUGGCCCACGAGGCCUUGGGACAAUAGAGGAGGGCGCGUUACUGUGGCAGGCGAUGCUGCGCAUGCCAUGACCUUUCAUCGUGGCCAAGGUCUCGGCAACGCCGUUGCCGACGUGACUGAGCUGCAGACGCGCCUCCGCGCCAUGAAGGGCCAUACCCGGCAGGAGCUGGCUCGCGCGGUUGGCGGGUACGAAAAGGAGGUGUGGAAGCGCGGGUACGAUGUGGUGAUGGAGAAUAGGGAGAACACCCUCGCGGUGCACGACUGGGAGAAUGUAUUACGCAGUCCGUUGCUCGUCAAGGGCGUUGCUCGUCAAGGGAGUCUUCAAGGAUCUCCCGCCCAAGGUGGUAAGGAAUAA